AUGCGCUGGGCAGAGCUGCUGGUCCUUGGCACCGURGCCUCCUACCAGCUGGCGGCUCUGCCCUUCGCCGCCCUCCUGCACCGGCUCUGCGCGCCGCGGCGCUGCUCUCCAGCUGCGCGGUACGUCUCCCUGCUCGCUGGAGGAUGCCUCCUGGCCACCGUGUCCACGGGCGGCUACGCGGCGCUGCUCUUCAUCCCCACGGCCGCCUCUGUGCUCCUCCUCCUCCUGGCCAGCCCAGCGCGUGUCCACAGCUGGGCCUUCGGCCUCCAGAUGUCCUGGCAGACGCUCUGCCACCUGGGCCUGCGGAGCCAGGUGCCGGACCCGCAGGAUACCAGGCCGGCUGUUGUCCUCUCUGCCAUCAUGCUGCUGACCCAGAAAGUCACCUCGGUGGCCCUGGAUGUCCAUGAAGGCACCGUGACCCUUGCGCCCGGCCAGGGUGUUUUGCAGCGAGCGCUGCCUCUCUGCAGCUACUUGCUCUCRUUCCCAGCCCUCCUAGGAGGCCCCCUGUGCUCCUUCCGGAGGUUCCAGGCCCAGGUGGAAUUCCCGCUCGCCUCCCACCACCGGCUAGGGGCUGCUGGCCGGAGAUGCCUCUGUGCGCUGGCCCUGCACGUGUUGCGUGCAGCACUGCAGGGUCCGCUGGCCGCCGUGCAGGGCCGCGCUGGCCUCGGCUCCGUGCUCAGCGUGUGGGCGCAAGCCCUGCUCUUCAGGCUGGCCUACUACUCGCAGUGGCUGCUGGACGAGGCCCUCGCGGAGGCCGCCGGCCUGGGGCCCGAGGCCGGCCAGGGGGACGUYGCGGGCAGCGACCUGUGGGCGCUGGAGAGCACCAACCGCGUGGCGGUGUUCGCCCGCACGUGGAACAGGAGCACAUCGCGCUGGCUGAGGAGGCUUGUCUUCCAGCGCUGCCCGGCCCGGCCGCUGCUCGCCACCUUCGCCUUCUCGGCCUGGUGGCACGGCCUGCAGCCCGGGCAGCUCUUCGGCUUCCUGUGCUGGGCCCUCAUGGUGGAGGCCGACUACCGCCUGCACRCCUUCCUCCGCGCCCGCGCCGCCUGCUGCGCAGCCAGGCUCCUCUGCUACGGCGCAACCUGGCUCUUCACCCAGCUCAUCAUCUCCUACGUCCUGGUGGCCGUAGAGACCGAGAGCUUCCGCGAGCUCCGCCGGCUCUGGGCGUCCCCCAGCAGCGUCCUGCCCCUCGCCUACGGCCUCGUGUUGCUGCUGCUGCCCGCCGGGAAAGCGCCGCGGACCUGA